AUGAAUGUAUGGGAAAGGAACCAAGAAGGUGAGUAAAUUUUUGCAAAGGUAAAUUUUUUGCAAAAAUCUGUAAGGCACUUUUACAUUUUUACCCCGCGCUUUGCAGAAAAGGUGUUUCUAGGCUGAAAUUUGCAAAUUUUUUCUCUUUCUGAUUUUGUUGCUGAAGUUAUUAGCCAGGUUCUUAUGGUAAAUUUCAAAAUAGAACUCCUGUAAUCGAGUCUGAGCUAUAAAUCGACCAGUAUAGAAGAAAGUUUCCGUAUUUUUUGCCACAAUGUAUGCAGAAUAUGUAUUUCUACCGAGCCUUCCAAGAGCAGCCUGAAAUGUUUAGAAAAUGACGCGCGGACCAGCAAAGCCAUGCUGACAAAAUUUGAAGAAAAUUGGGUGCUUGUAAGUACUAGUCGCGACAUAAAGUCCUGACACAUUUUGUCGCGGGUGUCGCGCGAGAAAGUGGCAAGUUCGCGCGAAAGUGCAUGUCGCUAGUGCAAAAACGGGGAAUUGCCGCGACGGGUCCAAAAGAAAAACAAAAUGCACUGUGCAAAUGUGUCAGGACUUUAUGUCGCGACUAGUAUGUUUAGCACGUUCCUUGUCAAAAAAGCUUACAUUUCGUAUUUCAAUCUAAUGGAAAAUUUUAUUUUUACUUCCUUUCCAAAUUUAAUUUUUCAGUCUCAAACUACGACCAAAGCCAUUGGCCUGGGCUUUGUCAAACAGGGCGAUCGCAGUCACCAAUUAACCUGGCUAAUGAGUCAACUGCGUUCAAAUUUCUUGAGCCUCUUGAAUUUGUAAAUUUCGACAAAUCUGAGUGGUUAUUUUUGGACAACAACGGAUGGACAGGUAUGAUUACUUACAUGGCCAAAAUAUUCAGUUUUAGCCGAGCUACGGGGAUUUAAAAACUGGAAAAAUCGGCCAGCGAUCUCUGGAGGGAACUUGACCGGAACGUAUCGUCUACAUAACAUUCAUUUUCAUUGGGGACAGAAUACGUCGCACGGAAGUGAGCAUAGUGUCAAUGGAGUAAAAUAUGCGGGUGAAGUAUGUUAUUUACAGGGUUUUUGGACCCGUUAUGCGUCUAUAUAAGGCUAUAAAAUAUCUUUUCUUCAGAUGCAUUUUGUCUUCUCCAGGUUUAACAAACCCUGGAGGAAUGGUGUUGACGAUGUUCACGUGCUCUCUGUUUUCCUAGCCGCGAACGAAUCGCACGGAGUCUUAUCUCCAAUUAAGAAUGGGCUUUCUAAAAUCGUCAAAAAAGGUGGAAUAAAAUCAAACGCAGGUUAUAACGUGUUUCAGGCAAAAUCACAUCAAUCAAAAACUUAAAACCAUCCAGUUUUCUGCCGCAGGAUCUAAAGCAUUUUUAUCGAUACACUGGCUCCUUGACCGCCCCACCCUGCUCUGAAGGAGUGAUUUGGACGGUAAUGGAAAAACCAGUCGAUAUUUCGACCAGCCAGGUAGUGUAUGGGGGCAAUCGUAUAGAGGUCUUUAUGAUAUUUUUUCAGCUAGAUCUCUUGCGAAAGAUCCAAGCAAAAGAUCGCAGGCCGUUUAUCCCCGGAAACUACCGAAAUUUGCAAAAUUUAAACGAUCGAAUAAUUGUGUACAGGACGUAG